AUGCAUGUUCUUCUUCUUGGUGGCCAUGGCAAAGUGGCCCUACACAUGACCCCGCUGCUUCUCAACCGCGCCUGGACUGUCACUAGUGUUGUGCGAAACCCCGACCAUGAGAGCGAGAUCCUAGCACUUGGAAAGGGCCGGAAAGGCAAGCUGGAUGUGUUAAUCUCCAGCCUAGAGGAUGUUACGAGUGCCAACGAUGCUAAGAAGAUCAUCGAUGCUGUCACGCCAGACUAUGUGGUUUGGUCCGCUGGUACAGUGCCCCUCACCCCACUUUCACCCACAAGCCGCGCCGGCGGCAAAGGAGGCCCAACAAGCACAAUCGCCAUCGACCAAGAAGCAGCCAAACACUUCCUAACAGCCUCCUUCGCAUCAACAAGCAUCUCAAAAUUCCUAAUGAUAUCCUGGAUAGGUAGUCGCCGAAACCAGCCUAGCUGGAUGCCCGACGACGCAUGGGCAGGUAUCAUGCUCGGAAAAACCGAACGGCUACCCACAUAUGCUGCGGCUAAACUCGAAGCGGAUGAGUACAUGACUGCGCUGGCUGCUAAACGGAAGCGGGAUCCUGCAUCUGUCUCGCGCCCGUUCCAGGCUAUUAAUCUUCGACCGGGCGUUUUGACUGAUGAGCCUGCGUCGAGGAAGGUGGAGUUGGGUACUACGGCUAAGGGGAGGGGAAGUGUGAGUCGUGAAGAUGUGGCUAUUGUUGCGGAUCAGCUGCUUGCUAGGGCUGAUGUUGAUGGGUGGUAUGAUCUUGUUAGUGGGGAUUUGGGGGUUGAGGAGGCUGUGGAGAAGGUUGCUGUUGAGAAGAUCGAUGCGGUUAAGGAGGAGGAUGUGGAGGGGAUGGUGAAGAGGUUUUUUCCUUGA